ACAAGUCUUUUCUUAGUUCGAUCCUCGUAGUUUUUCUCCGAUUAAAACGAUAUUUGUAUUUUCAAAAUAAAUUUUAUUUUAAAGGAAAUAAAUGAUAUAAUUCAAUUUAAAACAAUAAAAACGAGAAAAGGAAUUCAUGUACAGAAAACUGAGAAGCGUUCUAUCCGAAAAAAUGGUUGCAAUGCCAUGGAGAAAUUUCCAUUGAAAGGUACAACUUUGUCGAACAAUACAAUUCCACAAAAUCAUCAACAUACAUUAACUACAUACCAAUCAGUUGAUACUAAGAUUGAAAAUUCAGAUGAUGUAUACUUUGUAGAGGAUGCACGAUCUCGAAAUCGAAUUACUACAGGUGAUACUAAUCUAAGUAGUGACGACGACAUGCUGGAAGUUAAUAAUGUAAAUUCUCAUCAUGGGCAGAACACUGUUCUUUCAGAACAUAUUCGUAUAGAUGAUGCUUCCUCUCACAUUUCAGUUGAUUCCGAUGACAUUCCUGGUAUUGGACAAUAUGAUGACUUCCAUACAAUUGAUUGGCAGCGAGAUAUCGCUCGAGAUAGAAUGCGUCAUCGAUAUAUUGUGAAGAAAAAACAUGAUUCCAUUUGGGGUUUAAUUAAAGGAGCCCAUGAUGCUUGGUCUGGAUGGCUUUGUGUUUUAUUAGUUGGUCUCUUUACAGGAGUUGCAGCAGGUAUCAUAGAUAUAGGGGCUUCCUGGAUGACUGAUUUAAAAUUUGGCAUAUGUCCACAAGCAUUUUGGUUAAACAAAGAACAAUGUUGUUGGAGUUAUAAUGAAACAACUUUUGAUGGUGGUAACUGUUCUCAGUGGUGGACAUGGCCAGAAGUAUUUAGUCAAUCAAAAGAUGGUGCAGGACCUUACAUGAUCUCGUAUAUGUUCUACAUUGCUUGGGCUCUCUUGUUUGCUUCACUUUCUGCCUCAUUAGUAAGAAUGUUUGCACCAUAUGCUUGUGGUUCAGGAAUACCUGAGAUAAAAACCAUUCUAAGUGGAUUUAUUAUUCGUGGAUAUUUAGGGAAAUGGACAUUAAUAAUUAAAUCAGUAGGUUUGAUUCUAUCGGUCUCAGCAGGUUUAAAUUUAGGCAAAGAAGGACCAAUGGUUCAUAUAGCUUGUUGCAUAGGAAACAUAUUUUCUUAUCUUUUUCCUAAAUAUGGUAGAAAUGAAGCAAAGAAAAGAGAAAUUUUAUCAGCAGCAGCUGCUGCAGGAGUUUCAGUUGCUUUUGGUGCUCCAAUUGGAGGUGUUCUUUUUAGUCUUGAAGAGGUGAGCUAUUAUUUUCCCUUAAAAACUUUAUGGAGAUCAUUUUUUUGUGCCUUGAUAGCCGCUUUUAUUUUACGAUCUAUAAAUCCAUUUGGUAAUGAGCAUUCAGUACUCUUUUAUGUUGAAUAUAAUAAACCAUGGAUAUUUUUUGAAUUAAUACCUUUUGUCAUGCUCGGAAUAAUUGGUGGCGUAAUUGCUACUUUAUUUAUUAAAGCAAAUUUAUUUUGGUGUCGAUAUCGUAAAACUUCAAAAUUGGGUCAAUAUCCAGUUACUGAAGUUUUGAUAGUGACAGUUGCAACUGCAGUUAUUGGAUAUCCAAAUCCAUAUACUCGAAUGAGUACAAGUCAACUCAUUUAUUUAUUAUUUAGACAAUGUGGAGUAUCAAAUGCAGAUAUUUUGUGUGAUUAUAAUAGAAAUUUUACUGCUGUAAAAUCAGCAAUUGAAGUUGCAGCAGCUGGUCCUGGAGUUUAUAAAGCUAUAUGGCUUCUAGUUUUAGCAUUAAUUUUAAAACUUGUUAUGACAAUAUUUACGUUCGGCAUGAAAGUACCUUGUGGAUUAUUUAUUCCAUCACUUUGUUUGGGAGCAAUAAUGGGACGUAUUGUUGGGAUUGGAAUGGAACAACUUGCAUACAAUUAUCCACAUAUUUGGAUAUUUAGUGAAGCAUGUUCAACUGGUGUUGAUUGUAUAACACCUGGAUUAUAUGCAAUGGUUGGUGCCGCAGCGGUUCUUGGUGGUGUUACUAGAAUGACUGUUUCUCUUGUUGUAAUAAUGUUUGAAUUAACUGGAGGCGUACGAUAUAUUGUACCAUUAAUGGCAGCUGCUAUGGCAAGUAAAUGGGUUGGUGAUGCUCUUGGAAAACAAGGAAUUUAUGAUGCUCAUAUUGGUUUGAAUGGAUAUCCAUUUCUUGAUAGUAAAGACGAAUUUCAACAUACUACUUUAGCGGCUGAUGUCAUGCAACCAAAACGUAAUGAAGCUCUGCAUGUGCUUACUCAAGAUUCAAUGACAGUUGAAGAUGUUGAAAAUUUAUUAAAAGAAACGGAACAUAAUGGUUUCCCCGUGAUAGUUUCAAAGGAAUCGCAAUAUCUUGUUGGUUUUGUAUUACGAAGAGAUUUGAAUCUUGCAAUAGCAAAUGCUAAACGUAUGAUAGAGGAAAUUACUGGACAAUCACUGGUUUUAUUUACGAAUGGAAACAAUAUCCAAAAUCAUUCUCCUCCACCACUUAAAUUAAAAAAAAUUCUUGAUAUGGCUCCAAUAACAAUUACUGACCAAACACCUAUGGAAACUGUUGUUGAUAUGUUCAGAAAAUUGGGAUUAAGACAAACACUUGUUACACAUAAUGGUCGAUUACUUGGAGUUAUUACAAAGAAGGAUGUAUUGAGACAUGUGAAACAACUUGACAACGAAGAUCCUAAUUCUGUAUUGUUUAAUUAAAAUUUAUAUAAAAAAUAUAUAUAUGACAGAUACAUUGUUUUAUAAUGCAUGGUAUUAACCAAAAAAAUUGGAUACACUAUGCCAAUA